CCUUUGGCUUGAAAGAAUAAACUUGGCCAACAACACUUAAAAACAAUGGAAUCAUCCAUUUUGUUCUCCCUUUUUGUUACUCUAUUGUUCUUUACUUCUUCCACUACUUCGACUUCCAAUCCUUGCGACGUUUCUUUUCUCAAAUCCGACCCCUCAGAUCUGUCGGUAAUCCAUGUAUACGGUAGAUGUUCGCCCUUCUUUAUCGCUCCGAAGACAUCCUCCGGUUGGAUCGACACCGUCAUGAACAUGGCCUCUAAGGACCCUCAAAGAGUCACUUACUUGUCAAGCUUGGUGGCAACAAAAGGUCCAAAACCAAUUUCUCUCCCCAUUGCCUCUGGCCAAAGCUUUAACAUAGGCAAUUACAUUGUCAAGGCUAAGAUUGGGACCCCACCUCAAGUCAUGUUCAUGGUCCUGGACACGAGCAAUAAUGCUGCAUGGGUCCCAUGCAGCGGGUGUACCGGGUGCACAUCCACCACCCUGUUUACACCCAAUGCCUCAUCGACCUACGGGUCAGUUGACUGUACUCUCCCAGAGUGCAGUCAAGUCCGUGGUCAGUCAUGCCCAAGUAAUGAGAUCGGAGUCACGGCUCAAUGCUCGUUCAACCAGUCGUACGGUGGUGACUCAUCCUUUUCCGCCGCGUUAUCUCGCGAUUCUCUCGCGCUCGCCUCCGAUAUUAUCCCGAACUACGCCUUCGGGUGUGUCAACGCCGUCUCGGGCAAGUCUGUCCCGCCCCAAGGCCUGUUAGGCCUCGGGCGUGGCCCGAUGUCGCUGAUGUCUCAAUCCGGUUCGUUGUACUCAGGCGUGUUUUCCUAUUGCCUGCCGAGCUUCAAAUCAUACUAUUUCUCCGGGUCAUUGAAACUCGGGCCGGUGGGACAACCGAAGAGCAUUAGGACCACUCCGCUCCUCCAAAACCCUAGGAGGCCCUCUUUGUACUACGUGAACCUUACCGGGAUAAGUGUGGGUAAAGUUCUAGUCCCAAUUGCCCCGGAACUACUAGCAUUCGACCAGAGUUCCGGGGCAGGAACCAUCAUCGACUCAGGAACCGUGAUAACGAGGUUCGUACCAUCCGUGUACGAAGCCGUUCGCAACGAGUUUAGGAAACAAGUGGGGGCGAGCGCGUUCUCGUCGUUGGGGGCGUUCGACACGUGUUUCAUGGCGAUUAACGGGGAUGUGGGGCCAACCAUAACGUUUCAUUUCACAGGGUUGGACUUGGCAUUGCCACAAGAGAACAGCUUGAUUCAUAGCAGUUCCGGUUCUUUGGCUUGUUUGGCUAUGGCUGCAGCACCUAAUAAUGUGAACUCCGUUUUGAACGUGAUAGCGAAUUUGCAGCAACAAAAUUUGAGGAUUUUGUUUGAUACUGCUAAUUCACUUGUUGGGAUAGCCCGUGAGAACUGUAACUAAUUAUCUGUUUUGUUUUGGAUGUUUAAUGAUCAUUACUGUCUGUUUGUCUGUAUCUUUUAUUGUGGUUGUGUCAUUAUUGAGUUAUCCAUAUCAUGUUGGACUCUAGUUAUAUAUUAUGAUAAAUUGAAAUAUGUCUUCUUCUAUUA